GUUUUGGCAAUGCAAACUCUCUUGAAAAGCAUGAAAUGGACAAAGAUGUAGAGAUGAAUAUCUAUUCUAAUUCAGAUCUUAUAAACAUUCUGGAUGUCAGCAGAGAAACCGAGAACACCAAAAGACAGCAACCCCUUCAACAAUCAGGAAGUGAUUAUGUGAGGAUCAGAAACUACAGAGUAGCCACAGUAUGUUUGGUGCUGAUUUGUGUUCUUCUGCUGUCUGCAGUCUUAGUGCUGUAUGCCCACAUCAAUACAAACAGCACAAACGAGACAGAAGAGCGGCAAGAGCUGCUAGCCAACCUUACUAUUGAGAGGGACCAGUUAGAGUCCAAGAGCAUUCGAAUGACAAAAGAGAGAGAAGAACUACUAGCCAACGUUACCAAGGUCACUAAAGAAAUGGACCGGCUACUGUUUGAGAGCAUUCUGUUGACAAAAGAGAGGGAAGAGCUACUAGCCAACAUCACAGAGGUCACUAAAGAAAGGGACCGGCUACUGUUUGAGAGCAUUCGAUUGACAAAAGAGAGGGAAGAGCUACUAGCCAACAUCACCGAGGUCACUAAAGAAAGGGACUGGCUACUGUCAGAGAGCAUUCGAUUGACAAACAGGAGAGAAGAGAUACUAGCCAACAUCACUAACCUUACUAAAGAAAGGGAUCAGGUACUGUCAGAGAGUAUUCCAUUGUCAAAAGAGAGAGAAGAACUAUUAGCCAACUUCACCAACCUUACUAAGGAGAGGGAUCGGCUACUGUCUGAGAGCAUUCGAGUGACAAAAGAGAGAGAAAAGCUACUAGCCAAUAUCAGCGACCUCACUAAUGAGAGGGACGAAAUACAGUCAGAGAGCAUUCGAUUGUCAAAAGAGAGAGAAGAACUACUAGCUAAUAACACCAAGGUCACUAAAGAAAGGGAUCGGCUACUGUCGGAGAGCAUUCAAUUGUCAAAAGAGAGAGAAGAACUACUAGCCAACAACACCAAGGUCUCUAAAGAGAGGGAUCGGCUACUGUCCAAGAGUAUUCAUUUGGCAAAAGAGAGAGAAGAACUACUAUCCAACAAUACCAAGGUCACUAAAGAAAGGGAUCGGCUACUCUCCGAGAGCAUUCGAUUUUCAAGUGAGAGAGAAGAGAUACUAGCCAACAACACCAAGGUCUCUAAAGAGAGGGAUCGGCUACUGUCCGAGAGUAUUCGAUUGUCAAAAGAGAGAGAAGAACUACUAGCCAACAACACCAAGGUUACUAAAGAGAGGGACGAGAUACUGUCCGAGAGUAUUCAAUUAAAAAAGGAAAGAGAAGAGGUACUAGCCAACAUCACCGACCUCACUAAAGAGAGGGACCAGCUACUUUCUGAAAGCAUCCAAUUGACAAAGGACAGAGAAGGAUUAUCUUCAAAUAUCUCUGACCUGAUUAAACAAAGAGAUCAGCUAACUAAGGAGAAAAUUGAGCUGUCAAACAUGGAUGGAUGGGUUUACUAUCAAUCCAGUCUUUACUUCAUUUCCUAUUUGAUGAAGAGCUGGGAGGAGAGCAGAAAAGACUGUAUAGCCAGAGGAGCAGAUCUGGUGAUUAUAAACAACAGAAAGGAACAAGACAUGGUUAACAUGAUUUGUGGUGAUGUUUUGGUCUGGAUUGGUCUGACUGAUAUUGAAGAAGAGGGCACAUGGAUAUGGGUUGAUGGCAGCAAACAGAUCUCUGGUUUCAGGUAUUGGAGGUCUCGAGAACCUAAUGGAAAUAGAAAAGAGAACUGUGUACUGACUGAUGCGCACGGGUGGAUUGAUCAUCGAUGUCCUGAAACGUAUAAAUGGAUCUGUGAGAAAAAAAUGUGAUACCUUCAUUUUGAUGCUACUUUGAUUAUUAUGUGAGAUGCAGGUUUAUGCAUAAAUAGUUGUACUUGUUGUACUACAAUUUUUAUGCAAAAAUUUGGGUACCCCUCUGUGGCUGCAUAAUUAUGUGCUCUUUCUUUAUAAGAGAAAAUCACAGUGAAAUGCCAUUCGGUUUCUAGUGAAAGCUAGAUAAUGUCAUGUUUUUUCAGACAGAAAUAUGUAUUAUAGCAGCAUUGAGGUGUGUGAAAUUUAAUUGAAACUGAAAAAUAGGCUAUGCAAAAGUUUGGACACCCUCUUUUUUGUGUGAAUUUCAAAACCUGUAGUCUCUUAAUGCUGAUUGACUACAACACAAAAUUGAUUUGAGUGAAGCUGCGGUCACACUGGGCUUUUCCUCCCAUAGACUUCCAUUCAUACGCAUGCACGCGAAAGCGUCAGAUCGGAAACGCAAGGUCAUGUGUUAAGUUUCGCAUGUCGCUGGGGUGCAAAGUUCAAGCUUGGUGAACUCUGACCUGCAAAAUUGCAUCACUUGACUGCGUGAGACCAAUCGAGGGUCAAAACAUGACCUCUCUGGACAGAAAUUUAAAACAUGGAGCAAUCGCUCUCUUUUUUUAAUGUCUAAUCCUCUUCUUUAAUCCCACCCUUUUCGCAGCACCGUACGACAGAAUUUCGCACAUACAAAGCCCAGUGUGACCGCAGCUUCAUUCUGUGAACCUUGACAAUCCUUACACAGGUGCAGCCAAUUAUGUGCCAAUCAUCUGGUUGCUAGUUAUGCUUCUCCUUUUUGUGAACCUGAAAGUAGCAACAUGGGAACCUCCAAAGAACAUCAUAAUCACCUAAAAACUAGGAUAAUUCACCAACAUGAAUUAGGAGAAGGAUGCAAAAAGCUAUCCCAAAGGUUUAAAGGGCACCUACUGU